UUUUGGACGUAGUUUAAGGACAUACCCGGGUCCAGAAGUGUAUACAAUACGCCACCUAUUUAUGGUUUUUUGUCGGACACUUUUUGGUAUAUGGAGAUUCUGUUCCUUUCCUCUACCUUCUGUCAUUUCAAGCGCUUUGUGAUUUAUUAAGUUUACAUAGGUAUUUAAACUGUCAAGCCAAGUUCAAGAAAAACGAAAUGGCGACGCGACGGUCUUUUGAAGUCAUAAACAUUUCCAUUUGUUUUCAAGCAGACGAACAGUAGGUACGAAUGCCAGUACCUGCUUACUUAUUACAUCUCUAUUAGCAUCGAAUUCAUCAGGCCCUUACUUACCGAGGCCACAAAAAUAAAGUUAAACCACAAAUGAUGGCCCGUGAUGGCUCUAUAUAAAACAUCUCUGCGCUAUGUAGAUCAGUUGCAAUUUGAAUUUAGAACGGUGAACGCGCAUUUUGGUACGCACGAGAUUUGCGCGCGAAAAUCGGGAUUGUUUUUUUUUGUUCUGUUAGUGAUUUUUGUUGUGUUUUUGAAAAGAUUUCAAUACAACGAUAAUCUUCGAGAUGGUGUUUUUCAAAGCUCUGAACCUGCUUCUCCUCGCGACCCUGGCCAGCUGCGAGCCCCCGGUCAGAUACAACCGCGGACGAAGCACUUUCCAGAACUCCGGGUACAACACCCCUAGCAACACCUACCUGCCGCCGGUAGACACAGGGUUCAGUUCACCCAGCAACAGCUACCUGCCGCCCAGCAGCUUCGGAGGGCAGUACGAGGGCAACAACCAUGGACAUGAUCAUGGCCAUGGUCACGAUCAUGAAGUACCCAAGUCAUACGAGUUCGGGUACUCCGUAAAGGACGCCCAAUCUGGCAACGACUACGACCGGCGAGAGAGCUCAGACGGCAACGUGGUCAGAGGGGAAUAUAGAGUAGCACUGCCUGACGGACGCACGCAGAUUGUGACAUACCAUGCUGACUGGCAGACUGGCUUCCACGCUGACGUCAGGUAUGAGGGCGAGGCGCGGUAUCCCGAACCUACUAGGAACCAAAAUCAAGGCUACAACUACCAACAACCCUCAGACUUCAGCGGUUCUUUGACUGGGUUUGGAUCCCGCCCCUCCACCGCCUACGGACCUCCCGGCUAUCAUUGACCACCAAAUAUGUUUAGUUAGUUAUAAUGUAAGCAAACGUCAUAAACAACAGAAAAGGGAGGGUGAAGACCGGCGCCUACGGUCCCGGCUAUCAUUGACCACCAAAUAUAUUUAAAUAGUUGUAAAAUAAGCAAAUAUCUCCUACAAGCUGAACAAGCAUUCGCGCGCAGUACCGAUUAGAUAAAAGUCCUUAAAGGUACCGCUCUGGUAUAGCGAAAAUUAAUGGUCUCUUCUCCACGACGGAUAAUAAUAGCCCAUGGAAAAUAUAUUCUUGCAUAACAAAUUCCAAAUUCAAAUGGCUUUUCUGAUUUCUGUUAAGGCUAUAGUGCGUGGUAGGGAAGUUAUAAGUACCCUGAUUACCAUUGACCACCAAUAUUUAAGCUAGAGAUACACGUGUAGACGUGUCAGUGAGACAGAUCUGUACUUAUAUCUCUAGUUUUACGAGGUACCUAUACUGCAAGUUACAAACUUUGAUCGUGAUGGUCCAUAGGCAGGAAAAGGAACACGCUACAUAAAAGGAGUGCAAAUAGUAAAUUCUUAAGGUUACAGUACAAAAUACUUAGUUGUAAAACUUUUUGUGAUAAAAGUGUUACCAGUAUUUUAUUUAAGACUUUUGUACCAGUAUUAUUUUGUAAGAAAAUAAAAUGCGAAAUGAAAAUAA